GCCAAAUAAUUCUAGUGCGCUCGGGUUAAACUUGAAAAUACCUACAGUGUUUAAAUGCCACUUAUCUAUUUAAAUUACUCUAUCGGUUUAAUAUCGGAAAGAAAUCUCUCGGGCGUAUACAUUAUAUAUAGCUAUGGUAAACUUGUGUUGAAUGCAUUGAAUGGAUGUCGAAUCGGAGGAGUUAAAAUAUAAACUUAAAAUAUUUCACGAGGAAAAAGAAACCUUUAAACUUUAAAACAACAUAGGUAGAACAAGUCUUCGCGUUGGUAUAAAUAUUAUGUAUUUACCGGGCGAUGUAGAUGUGACGACGAUGAAAAAGCAUCUGUGUAAAGUAUUCCACGGAAAAGAAAUAAACAGCAUUGCAGCUACUGCGAGGAAAAAACUAGUUUUACACUUUGACUUGAACAAAACUAUUGUGCCAGUGGAUUCCGCGACUGGGGAAACGGUAGAAGCAGCUUUAAACGUGUACUUGUCAGGAUUAGCUCAAGGAAAAGACCGCCAGGGGGAGUGGCACUCAAAGCACGAACUUUCAACUGCGCCGGUCGAGCAAGAUGACGUUAGUUAUUACAAAUUCGAGGAAAAGCGUCUGUUGCCACAAAUAACGCGCGAUCGCAGUGCCUUCAGAUAUCACUUGAUGUCUUUCACCGAUAAGCCACAGGGCUCGAAAUUUAAACCGCAUUUGAAAGAGCUUUUGAACUCGUUAACUUGGACGUUGCCGUAUGAAGAAAAAGCCCAUAAAGACCUUACAGUGCCUGGUUCCACUAGCUACCGAUACCAUUUUAUUUUGCCAGCCUUCUAUAAACUACUCGAGAGUUUAGUAACGGAGAACAGGAAUUUUUGCGUUGUGUUUCGGACGUACGGUUCGGAUGCCAAGAGUGUUCUUUCAAGCAUACGACAAGCCGUUUCCGGUGAUUUUCCGUUUGGUCGCAAAUUAUUACCGUUGUUGGAUGAUAUUGACGAAACCGUUUAUUUUGUUAGCAGACAAAAUGACAUUGAAGAUGUGUUCACAAUCGACAGAUGUUCGUCCGACUGUUCGGACAUCAACGAUAUGACCUCGAAAACGGACGAAGAAAUCUAUAGCUGGAUUUCCAAUAUGGUCGGCAUACAUGCCAUAAGGGACAACUGUAAUGAUUGGCUAAGACAUGACUUCGAUUCCAGGCGAGGAAAGCCUUUUUGGAUUGACAAAACUGACGAAUUUCACCAUCAUGUAUUCUUCGACGAUAACAUCCGCCCAGGAAGUGUCGACAGCAUCGCAAAUAUUCGUGUGCGUGACAAUUUUGUAUCUGCGUUCCGUAACAUUGACCGAAAGGAGGAACACGCAUACCUGAACAAGAACCUCGUUCCAGUUGUAUUUACUGACGCAAUUAUGGAUGACGAAUACUUUGUAAAACAGUUACGACUUUGUGAAGAUAACUUCUCAAAAGAUGUAUAUACAUAUUAAUUUACUUUUAAAUUAUGAUAUAAAUUUUUAUGUAACUGCCUUGAAUACCUAGUCAAAAAGAGUUUUAUUCUGCUAUAUUGUUGAAUUGUUGAAUCACGGUAUACUCAUUUUUGUAAUGAUAUGGAGUCUAUUGCUAUAUGCUUAUGUGCUUCCAACUUUGAAGACCGCAUUGACCGAUAUUAUUUUACAUUAUUUCUUUUAUUUCCAUGGAUCGACAGUUUGUAACAUAUGGUUUAUACCUAUACUUACUCACAGUUUGCUUUGCAAUAAUAAUUGUGUAUGAAAAUAAUAAUCUUUACUAAUUGGAUAUAACAAUAGCAUAGUAUUAAUAUUUAUGCAAGUAUUAUUUUGUAAUAAUAUUGAUAUUAUUUUAGAAUAUUAAAGGGCAUUGUGCGUGUUGCACCUAAACAUGCAUACACCUCUUAUUUUUACUUAUUUUGAACAGGUUUUAUUACAUACAAAAAAGUUACAUUAAAUCAAACAUAAUUUCAGACCUUUAAUAUUCUAGCGUGGUGUCUGAUAACGUUCUGUAGAUAAUGGUAUUGUUUUGAAGUGAUCUCUUCUCCAAAUUUUACUCGUACUAAAAAGCCGACAAUAUGCUUUGAAUGCCUGUACAAUCUGACAAUUUCGAAAAGUCCAUCAAUUGAGAUUGCUUAAGAUUUAGCAAGUGCGAGUAUAUCGGGUUUAAUAAUAUACAUUCUUAUCUGCGACAUUCAACACCAGAUCGUUUCAUAUUUAGUAUGGGGAGAACAAGGUUAUUCUCAACAGAGACAACACCUCGAUAUAUUCCUACAUAGUAAUCAAAUGUAUUGUACUGUUAGACGUUCUUUAAUUCAAAGACUUUAUUACACAUUAUUCUCUGAUUAGUGUAUUUUUGUGUUAAUGGGAGACGUUUAUUGCGCUCUAACUUUCUCUCGGACGGUGCUUUAUGUUGAUUGAAUAACCCACCACUGUAAAUCAGUAAUAAGAAGAUCGAUUUGUUUUUUGUAUGAAGACAAUACUUAUCAUCUCCACAAACGUUUAACUGGGCUGUCAUAUUGUUUGUGUUGUUGUUUGACCUGAAAAGAGCACCUGAUUUUUCAAAAACAUGAUAAUAACACGUGACCUUGAAUCGCGACCUUGAUCUUACCAUGACAAGUAUGGACCAUGUGUGAGCCACACCAUGUAGUCAUUGAGAAUAAUAAAAGAAAGUCAUAGUAAAAUCAUUUUGAUCAUUACAUAUGGUGCGAACAAGAAGUAAACAUAAUUGACCAUGAAUUGCGACGUUUAUCGGACAGCAUGUAUCAUCUUAAGUUGUAUGAAACUCCGUUGAGUAAUUGAGUGCAUAUACGGACACACCGUAUACGACAUAUUGACGCACCUACAUAUAGAACAGGCGCAAUUCUUGUACAGCCCAACAUUUUCAAAAAUAGUGUAUGUAUUUAACGCAUCCUACUAAGUUACAAGUGUGAUUUGCCAUCCCAAGAGCUGAUUCCAACCAAAUGUACAUGUAUGCGUGCCAAAGAUGCAUGACGCUGGUUUCUAAAACACCCCAUACGAAUCGAGUAAUACUGUUCAACAGGCCUUCGGUUAACGGAGUUCAGCUGUUCGGACAGUACAGUGGUAUUACCAUCAUACCAUUUGGUAUAGGGGUUGACUCUCAUAUAGAUAACCUGGCUAAAAAGUCUAUCAGUAAACAUUACCUAUUUAUAGAAAACGAUGGACCAUGGAAUUGGCUACGGUCUCACGAACGAAUCAUUGAACGAACGCACAAUCGAACGAACAAACGGACACACGAAUAAAUAAAUAAAACCCUGUUCUAUUCACAA